CAACAUGGUCAUGCUGCAAUCGCCGGCGCAAAAGGCCAGCGACAGUGCAUCGGCCCAGCCCCCCGCCGCCGUCGGCGUGUUGAUGAGUCCCAACUCGAAUCCUGACUCGCCCAAGUCCAACACCUCACCGGAGGUGGCCAGUGUCGAGGGCUCGGUGACACCGCCGGCCGCCAAGAUACCCAAGUUCAUCAUCAGUGCCAGUGGAGCUGCGGUGGCGGGAAAGCAGGAGCAGGAGCUGAGGUAUUCCCUGGAGCGCCUCAAGCAGAUGAGCAGCGAGUCGGGCAGCCUGCUCAGCCGCCUAAGUCCCUCGCAGGAGGAUUCCCCCGACAAGGAUAGGCCCAAUCACAACAACAAUAUCAGUUUAACCAACCACAACACGAAUCCGAAUCCGAGUAAUCCCCGACGUUCGCAGUCUCCUCCUGCAUCCGGAGGCAGCUCUGGCAACUUCACCUCACCUGCCCAGCAGCGCAAGCUCCUGGAACUCAGUGCCGUGCGGCACUUGGCACGGCCGGAACCACUGCAGCAUCCACAUGCAGCCCUGCUGCAGCAGCAUCCGCACCUGCUCCAGAAUCCACAGUUCCUGGCCGCCGCGCAGCAGCACAUGCACCACCAUCAUCACCAGCAUCAGCAGCAGCAUCAGCAUCAUCAGUUGCCGCCCCAUCAUCCGCACCACCAGCAGGCGCAUCCUCAUCCUCACCCACAUCCCGCUGCGGCGGUAUUCCACCUUAGGGCGCCCAGUAGCAGCACCACCAGCAGCACCACCGCCCCGCCCUCGCCAGCCACCUCGCCUCUGUCGCCGCCCACCUCACCGGCCAUGCAUUCCGACCAGCAGAUGAGCUCCCCCAUCGCACCGCCUCCCCAGAAUCCGGCACAUACCUCCCAGGCAGCGCCAUCUGAUAUGGAUUUGGAGCGGCUCAAGCUGGUGGCUGCGGUGGCGGCUCGCACCAAUCAAGGGCAAGGCCAAGGCCAGGCUCAAGCUCCCAGCACUUCCGCCGCCGCCUCUGCCUCAGCCACUGCCUCCGUUUCCGCCUCCGCCUCCGCUUCCGUGUCCAAUGCCAGCACCUCCAUCUCCAACUCGAGCUCCGGCUCACCCAGUGGCCGGGAUCUCAGUGACUAUGGCUUCCGAAUACAGCUUGGCGGUCUGGCGGCCGCGGCGGCUGCAGCAGCGGCCACUUCGCGGCAAAUCGCGGCUGCUAAUUAUGCGCGGAGUGACACCAGCGAGGAGCUGAAUGUCGAUGGAAAUGAUGAGGAAAGCAACGAUGGAUCCCACAGUGCGCCGUCGGUCUGCCCAGUUGAUCUGACGCGAUCGGUGAAUAGUGGCGCCACCGUAAACCCCAACUCCGCCUCGACAAGUGCAUCCAGUGAUCGAGAUGCUGCCACCAAGCGAUUGGCUUUCUCGGUGGAGAACAUCCUGGAUCCAAACAAGUUCACGGGCAACAAGCUGCCAGCUGGUCCCUUUGGUCAUCCCCGGCAGUGGAGCUAUGAUAGGGAUGAGGAAAUGCAGGAGCGAUUGGAUGACGAUCAGAGCGAGGAUAUGUCUGCCCAGGAUCUGAACGACAUGGAUCAGGAUGAUAUGUGCGAUGACGGCAGCGAUAUUGACGAUCCCAGCAGUGAGACGGACUCGAAAAAGGGUGGCAGCCGAAAUGGAGAUGGAAAAUCCGGCGGUAGCGGGAGCGGUGGUGGAGGUGGCUCCAAGCCAAGGAGAGCCCGGACUGCCUUCACCUACGAACAGUUGGUUUCGCUGGAGAACAAAUUCAAGACCACCCGGUAUUUGAGCGUCUGUGAGAGGCUGAACUUGGCCCUAAGCUUGAGCCUAACGGAAACGCAGGUGAAAAUUUGGUUUCAAAAUCGGCGAACCAAGUGGAAGAAGCAGAACCCCGGCAUGGACGUUAACAGCCCCACCAUUCCACCGCCCGCUGGUGGCUCCUUCGGACCGGGCGCCUACGCCAGCAGCCUGCUCUAUCCCCACGCUGUGCCAUAUCCGCCAUACGGACCCUACUUCCAUCCCCUGGGCGCCCAUCAUCUCAGCCAUUCGCACUCAUAAAAUUGCAAGAUGCAACAGCGAUUGUUGCAACUGUUCGAGAAGAGAGGGAAGCCUGAGGGCGGCAACCUGCUGGCUCCCAAGGAUAAACUGUAAAUGCCAAACUGCUUUAAGUGUGUGUGUGCGUGUUAACUCUUACGUUAUUUCCCUCGAUUACGUGCUGUAUAUAGUUCUUGUAAAAUACAUAUAUAUGCUAUGCUAGUGCUUAGAACCUCGAAUGCCAUAUCUAGAAUUAAAUUAUACAAUUACUUGUAGCGUUUAAGUGGCAAGCAAAAUCAAAAGGAGCAAACAAAAAUUGCAUAAAUGUCAAGUGAAAAAUAAACAUUUUAAAAACCA